AUGCAUCCUCAGCUUGAUAUCAACAAGCAGAAGCAAUGCGCAGAACUUAUUUUGGCUUUAGACGAAUGCCAUAAACAUUACGGAAAGUUUUUAGGAGAAUGCAACUCUAUAAAAUAUAACCUAAAAUCUUGCUUAAAUAAAGAUAGGAACGAGAAAGCAAAGGUCAAUCGAGAAAAAGCUCUCCAACAAAAAAGCUCUUCUGCAGAGUAUCGACGAAAGAUGGAAGAAGAGGAGGCAGAAAAAAUUCGUGAGUUAUUGCAGAAAAGUCGAAAUAAACCUUCUUCCGAUUGA